AUGGCGUCUUUUGCAUUCCGUCGUGCUUCAAAGCGUGUGAUGUUUGGCCUGGGCGCUGGUGUCAUUGGCGUUGGUGGCCUUGCAGGUUCCGCUAUUGUCUCAGCUAAAGAACCACAUCGACUUGUAGCACCCAUUAAGUGUGAUGACGGAUCGACCAUCAUUCCGUACGAGACACCGUCACGUGCCGUGCAGUUGGAUCGUCUCCAGAAGGAGCAUUUUGACGUGUUAAUCAUUGGUGGUGGUGCUACGGGCUCUGGCUGUGCACUGGACGCAGCCACUCGCGGACUUAACACGGCCGUGGUAGAAGCUAGUGACUUUGCAGCCGGUACAUCGGGCCGCUCCACGAAACUUAUCCACGGUGGUAUUCGGUACUUGGAGACAUCAUUUUUGAAACUAGAUUAUGCAGCUUUUAAACUGGUGAAUGAAGCACUUGAGGAACGUGCUUUCUUCCUCUCAGCUGCGCCGUAUAUGAACCGUCCAUUGCCGAUUAUGAUUCCCCUUUACAAGUGGUGGGAGGUGCCAUACAUGUGGGUAGGUGCAAAGGCCUAUGACAUUGUAGCCGGUAAUAAGCGUUUUGUACCUGGGAGCUACUACAUCAACGCGGAGGAGGCAAUGUUCCAGUUUCCUAUGCUCCGCAAAGAGGGACUGAAGGGUGCGGUUGUUUACUAUGAUGGACAGAUGAACGAUACACGUAUGAACGUAUCUAUUGCUCUUACGGCCACACAGAAUGGAGCGACGGUGGCUAAUUACGUCAAGGUGGUGCAUCUGCUCAAGGAUGACGAGGGUAAAGUGCGUGGUGCUCACGUGAAAGACACCCUGACUGGUGAGGAGUGGGACAUCGUGGCCCACGCUGUUGUGAACGCUACGGGUCCAUUCACGGACUCGAUUCGUCAGAUGGACGAUCCUAAGAAGGAGAAUAUAUGCGUACCAGCUGCUGGAGUGCAUACUGUGCUUCCGGACCACUUUAGCCCGAACCGUAUGGGAUUGAUUGUGCCUAAGACGAGCGACGGUCGUGUGCUAUUCUUCUUGCCGUGGGAGAAUGGAACGCUUGCUGGUACGACUGACUCACAGUCAGAGAUCACGAUGCUGCCGUCGCCUACGAACGAAGAGACGGAUUUCAUCAUUAAUGAAGCAAACCGCUACCUUUCUAAGGACGUCUCGCGCAGCGACAUCAAGUCGGCGUGGUCUGGUAUCCGCCCGCUCGUUAAGGACCCGCGUCACGCCGGUGGCUCGACAGCUAAGAUCUCGCGCGAGCAUGUUGUAGAGGUGUCAGAGUCGAACUUGGUGACGAUUGCAGGCGGUAAGUGGACUACAUACCGUCGUAUGGCUCAGGACGCGAUUGACAAGCUGGUGGAGACCGUCCCGGAGAUCAAGGCCAAGGCUAUGCCUUGCAUGACAAAAGACGUGGGCAUGAUUGGUGCCGACCGCAUUGGUGUAGUGUGCAACAAGAAGUUUGACAAGAUCACCGUUACCCUGCGUGAGCACUACAACUUGGACAAGGAAAUUGCAGAGCACUUGAUGCGCAACUACGGCACACGCGCUCUACAGGUCGCCGAGAUUGAGCAGGCUGGCUUUCUUGACCGCAAGCGUAGCGACCACCCGCGACGUUUGCACCCGAAAUACCCAUACCUGGAGGCUGAGGUCGUGUUUGCUGUUCGCCAGGAAUACGCGCAGAAGACAACCGACAUCCUUGGUCGUCGUAUGCGUCUGGCCUUCAUUGACAGCGGUGUGGCCAUGGAGCUGAUGCCGCGUGUAGUGCACAUGAUGGGCGAGCUGCUUCAUUGGUCAAAGGCUCGUCGGGAGCAGGAGAUGCAACUUACUUUGAUUUAUUGCCGAAAGGAAGGCAGGCAGAUUGAAUUGCCGGAUCAGAGAUCGGAUCAGGGCGUAAACGCGAUGACGAUGCGGUCUGGUCAGUCCGCUGAACUGGUCCAUAUGCAUACGGUUUACCGGAGCAUUUUCUGCAAGCUUGCUAGCGGCGGUGUGGACUAUGAGAUGUUUGUGACAUCCUCCAGCUGCUGUCGGAAGGUGCAAACGACCUUUUGUGAACGACGGACAUCUGCACGUGACGCUAAUGUGACGCAAAAGUCUCAAUUUGUGGCAGCAACAGCUUUAUCGCGUCGGACAUCACAGGAAUGA